AUGAGAGCCCGUAUUUUAAAAUAUGUUUUUUUUUCAAUUGUUAUUUGUUCUUUUGAAUAUGCCAAAAAUGAACUAUACUUUGUAAACGAUAGAGGGAUACACCUUGAAAGGAAUGUAAUAAACUUUAGAAAUAAUAGAAUAUUAUCAGAUGCAGAUAACCAAUUUGAUUUAAAUGAAUUUUAUGAAUCAACUUUGAGUCUUGUAAGUCAAUUUAAUGAUUAUAAUGGUGGUAACAAAGAAAUAGAAUAUCUUCGAAAUAUUAUAUAUUCACACAUAAAGAAGCGUAAAGAAAGUAACACAUCAUUUAAUUUAAAAAAUGUAGAUAGUAAGACAAAAAAAUUAAUUAAUAAGUUUCGAAAAGAAUUAGAAGAAUUAACAAAAGAGCUUGAUAAUAAAAUAAAUGGCGAAUUAGCAAUACAGCCGAUACAUGAUAAAAUAAUAAUAAAAAAAAAUGAAAAUAGUUCUGUAUCAGAACAUGCAUUACUUAAUUUAAAAAAUGCAGAUAGUAAGACAAAAAAAUUAAUUAAUAUGUUUCGAAAAGAAUUAGAAGGAUUAACAAAAGAACUUGAUAAUAAAAUAAAUGGUGAAUUAGAAAUACAACCGAUACAUGAUGAAAGAAUAAUAAAAAAAGAUGAAAAUAGUUCUGCAUCAAAACAUGAAGACUUUAAACAAUUGGAAAAUUAUAAAAAUAGUUCUGUAUCAGAACAUAAAGACUUAAAACAAUUGGAAAAUUAUAAAAAUAGUUCUGUAUCAGAACAUAAAGACUUAAAACAAUUGAAAAAUGAUGAAUAUAAUGAAAUUACAUCAAAUAGUAAUAAUAAAAAAUUCAAAUUUAUUAAAAAAUUAAAAAAAGAACUAAUCAAAUUAACCGUGUCGUUUUUGGGAUGUAUAGUAAUUAUUUUGACGCUAAUACCAGGGCCGUUGUACUUAAUGGUUCUAUAUAUAUUAUUUUUUUGA